AUGGCUCCGGGAAUGGGUAUCAAAGCCCCAGUUCCUCGAACAAGAACAGGUUGCUUAACAUGUCGAGCACGAAAAGUUAAAUGCGAUGAAGGGAAACCAGAUUGUGGUCGUUGUAUUCGCCUUCAACGCGAUUGUAAAUGGAGUACACCUCCAGCUCACAUGCUCGCAACCACAUCCCACGGUCAUGGAAUCUCCAGUACUAGUUCACUACCUACCACUCAACAACUCGCCCUUGGCAAAACACGUAUUCCGAAAGACUCAUUUGUUAUUGAAUUCCCUAAUAUUGAUAAGACUACCAUGCCCUAUAUUCAUCAUUUCGUCGGGUUUUGCUCAAGAUUCUUGGCUUAUGCGAAUGAUGAUGAAGGAAAUCCUUUCAAAGAAGAAUUGGUCCCAUUCGUAACGACUAGUCCGGCAUUGUUGCAUAGCAUUAUUGCAGUGGCCGCGGGACAUAUGAGUAGGACUGAUAAGCAGCAUGAAGUUAAGGCCACGAAGCAUUAUUCCAUGGCUUUAAGGGAGCUCAACACCGCAUUAUGUGACUCUUCAGUUGCAAAGCAAAAUUCUACUUUGGGAGCUUGUCUGUUGUUAUGCGUAGGCUUAUGGUUAGAGCAUCUUAAGGGUGCGCGAGAUCUCAUCUUACAUCGAGGGGGCCCUAAGACUUCCGAUUUUCUCACCAGAUUCUUUGCACUUCUUGAUGUAUCCGGUUCUUUGUUCGCAGGACAAGGUCCUUUACUACCUGGGAAUUAUUGGCUUGAAGAUGCUCAACCACAAUCUAAAAGUCCAAAGCAAAUCGGCUGUUCCCCUCCAUCAGCAGAACCUACUUUGAACUGGCCAUACUAUGACCCUGGUGGUGUUAUGACAGGAGAAUUUCACGUGUUUAUGAUUUUCAUGGCCAAUUUAUCUCGUCUAUCCAGUCGCUCCUUGACCGAAAUUUCCCCCGAAGAACAAAUUAUUAUCAAACAAGAAGCUUUUGGAAUCAAACAAGAAGUUCAAAUGUGGUGGUUAAAUUGCCCUUCUAUACUCCGGGAUCUUUCUAAUGAUUGGCGACGACAACCCCGCGAUAUCAAACUUACCGUCGCGGAAACUCUGGAAGCGGAAGCUUUUUCAAGUACCAAAGCUUGCAUGUACGGUUGUAUUCUCUUUAUUUAUCAUAUUAUUGAUCCGGUCUGUGAAGAGCCACAACCUCCAGAAGUUACAGAGGCGAUCAAACAGGUCCUAGACAUUGCUUCUGAGACUCCGGAAGGAUAUGGAUUAGAAAUGGGGUUAUAUUAUGGAUUAUUUGCAGCAGGCGCAAGUAUCUUUAAUGAUUGGGUAGUCGAGGAUAUAGUUAGGAAGAAGUUGAAGGCGGAUACUAGGAUUGCGCUUUAUAUUUAUUCUUGCUUGAAGAGAUUAAUUGGAGGUUAUAAGAUUGUGAAAACAAUCCUCACGGAAAAUCGAUUCGAAUACAGCACAACAGCACAACAGCGCACAACAUCGCCCGAAUUGUGGGAGGACCGAAGUUCGCCACCAAACGGAGGGGACGGACCCCACGACGGGACAUUGGAAGAGAUGGAAAGAAGAAAUAACGAAGGUACUGAGUUUCGAGUCAAGAAUGAGGAUAUGGGUAGACCUACUGUUUUACUUCUCGGCGGCACAGGAAAAGUCGCCCGGCGUAUUGCUCCUCUCCUCUCUGCGGCUUUGAUUGGUUGGGGACGUGAUGAUAUUGAAGGGGGAUUGGUAGAGAGUGAAUUGUCUUUAAGAGGGGAUCAAUUAUGGUCUUACGAUGAGGUCGCAACACUCUUGACAAGAACAUUGGGAAGAGAGAUCAUCCACGUGAAUGUGGAGGAGGAAGAUAUUGUAAAGGGGAUGGUGGAUGGGGGUGUGAAGGAAGAUUUGGCCAAUGUCUUGGUGGAACUUGAUACUGCGAUUAAGAGAGGCGAGGAGGCUAAGUUGGGUGGGGAUUUGGAAUGGGUUAUGGGGAGCAGGGGGAGGGGGAGGGGGUUUGAGGAGUAUAUAGAGGAAUGUGCGAGGAGUGGGGUAUGGGAUGUAAAAGAAUAA